CUCAUUUCCCUCUUGCUGAGGACAGCUGGUGGAUUAUUAUGUAGACUGUACCACACAGAAGACUUAACUCUGUCUUCUAGUAUGGGGACGCUCUGGCACUUACAAUGCACUCUAAUUUUAUUUUGUCUUUCAGUGCUGAAUACCACAGGGCUCAGACAAAGACCAACUGGUGGCUUGAGAACAUGGGAUCCUGAAACAGCUUACCUCACCAGAUGUGAUUUUAAUAACAAUUCAAGACCGUUUUGUGACUGGACCCAACCUUGCAAUGUGAACCAGGGAGUGUGGAUACGAACCAAGCAUGACACUCCAACUGAUGGAACGGGUCCUGAUGGAGACUAUCCUGAUGGAAAAGGCUAUUUCAUCUACCAAGAAGCAAGUAAUCUGAUCCCAUUUGACACUAACAGACUUGAGAGCCCAGAUGUUGUGGUUUCUGGAAAAAUAUGCAUAGACUUCUGGUACUAUAUGUUUGGGUCAGAAGAACUGAAUGAGUUGAGAGUGAUUAUCCAAGACAGCACAGGGGAGUCUGUGGCAUGGAGUCGGAAGGGAAACCAGAGUUCCUCUUGGAAUUACGGUGCUGUCACUCAUACUUUUUCAACACAAACAAGGAUAAAGGUCAUUUUUGAGGCUGUCCGAGGACUGACAGAGUAUGGGGAUACAGCACUGGACAAUGUGAGAGUAAGAGAUGGAUCCUGUGAUGCAGUUUCCACCCCUGUACCACCAACACCUACACCAACAGAACCUACACCAUCUCCACUGACAGAAGCAAUUUGUAGCAUACAUGGGGAUCCUCAUUAUUACACAUUUGACAAGCAGCGUCAUGACUUCAUGGGCACCUGUACCUACACCCUGUCCAAGCUGUGUGAGAGCAACAGCUCGCUGCCCUACUUCAACGUGGAAGCGGCCAAUGAGCACAGGGGAAGCAACACUCGUGUGUCCUACGUCCAGUACGUGGAUGUCGAUGUGUAUGGCUACAGGAUCAAUCUGGGUAAAAACAGAGUUGUUAAGGUUGAUGGAGUCAUUCAGGUGCUCCCUCUGACCUUGGUGCACCCUGUCAGUGUUUCCUUAAGCGGGCAGUAUGUUGUGGUUACCACUGACUUUGGGCUGAAUGUCAAGUUUGAUGGAGAUCACAGAGCAGAAAUCACUCUUCCCAGUACCUAUAUGUCAAAAGUCUGUGGAAUAUGUGGAAACUAUAAUGGGAACAAAACAGAUGACUUUCUUAACCCAGAUGGAGAGAUGGAAACAAACUCGGCCAGCCUUGGAAACAGUUGGCAAGUUUAUAAUGACUCAAGGUGCUUGCCAGAUGAUGGCCAUACCCCAAAUUGCACUGAUGAUGAAAAACAUAUCAUCCAAAGCAAUGACUACUGUGGUCUGGUCACUGAUCCCAGUGGUCCAUUCCAGAACUGCCAUUCAGUUGUUGAUCCACAGAGUUAUUUCGAUGCCUGCCAAUAUGAUCUCUGUGAGUUUCAUUUGAACAAUGCGGCCCUUUGUCAAAACCUGCAGGCUUAUGCGGAUGUGUGCCAAGCAGCAGGAGUCCAGCUACAACCAUGGAGAAAUGCAACCUUCUGCCCACUAGCCUGUCCAGCCAACAGUCACUACGAGCCCUGUGCUGCAGCCUGCCCUGCCACCUGUGUUGACCCAUUAGCACCGUAUAAAUGCAGUCUGCCGUGCAUGGAGGGUUGCGUGUGCGACAGCGGGUACCUGCUCUACAACGACCGAUGUGUGCCCAGCCAGCAGUGCGGGUGCUGGCACAAUGGGCAGCACUACCCGGUGGGCUCAGAGUUCUGGACGGACAACAGCUGCUCCACAAAGUGCACGUGUCCCACGCGGGGAGGCAAAGUCCAGUGCUCCAGCGCCUCAUGCCCUGCGGGCCAGUACUGUGGUGUGCAGAAUGGGAAACCCGAGUGCCUUGAACACACAUAUGGCAUCUGCAACGUCCACGGUGACCCUCACUACGUUACCUUUGACAAGGUGACGCACGACUUCAUGGGGAACUGCACCUACACCCUGGCCAAAGUGUGCUCCAACAGCUCUGUGCCCUACUUCAAUGUUGAGGCAAAGAACGAGCAUCGUGGCAACCCCCGAGUGUCGUACGUGCGCGAAGUCCUGGUCGAGGUGUACGGAGAGCGCAUUGCAAUAGUCAAGCAGGAGAGGAGCCAAGUGCUGGUGAACGGUGUGCGCCGGACCUUGCCGGUGAGUGCAGCAGGAGGAGCCAUCAGAGUGAGCACAAGCGGCCGCUACAUCGUCCUGGAGACGGACUUCAACCUCAGAGUGUCCUACGACGCCGACCACUCGGUGGAGGUGAGGGUGCCCACCACCUACUCCAACCUGACCUGCGGCAUGUGCGGGAACUUCAACAGCCGGCGAGAGGACGACUACAUGAUGCCUGACGGGCAGCAAGCCGCAGACUCCAAUGCAUUGGGGGAGAGCUGGAAGGUGCCCGACGGUGACCCCUCUUGCGGUGUGCCCCCACCCCUGGAACCCUGCAGUGCGGAAGAGGAGAAGCUCUACCAAUCGGAGCAGUUCUGUGGCAUACUGACUGCCAGCCCAGGCUUUUUUGAGAGCUGCCAUGCCGUGAUCAACCCCCAGAGCUACUUUGACACCUGCUCCUACGACCUUUGUGCCCUGAGUGGCAGCCAGGAGGUCCUGUGUGGUGCCCUGGAGGCCUACGCUGACGCGUGCCAGGCAGCCGGCGUGACUCUUCUCCCCUGGAGGAAUGCCACCUUCUGCCCUGUUGCCUGUCCUCCUAAUAGCCAUUAUAACCCAUGCACCAGUGCUUGUCCUGCAACCUGCACUGACCCUCUUGCAUCAAAGAACUGCAGCAAACCUUGUGUGGAGGGAUGUGAAUGCAACAAUGGCUUUGUCAUCAGCGGGGGACAGUGUGUGUCCAUGAACAACUGUGGCUGUCUUCUCAAUGACAAAUAUUAUGAGAAAGGAGAAGUUUUUUGGCAAACAGACUGUGCAGGCCAAUGUGUAUGUACUGGAAGUGGGACUAUAGUUUGUAAUUCCAACACAUGCAAAGCAAGCGAAGUUUGCAAGGUGCAGAAUGGACUACUAGGAUGUUAUCCAUUGAACCCCAGCACCUGCCACAUUUUUGGUGAUCCACAUUAUGUAACCUUUGAUGGGAGACUGUACCAUUUCCAAGGAGACUGCAAUUAUACAGUUGUUGAGACAUGCACAAAUUCUUCUGAACAGUUUUCAGUGACAACCAGAAAUAAACAUAGAGGAAACCCAAACUGGACAGCCUUGGACUCAGUUGCUGUCACACUGAAAAAUCUUCAUAUUGUUGUGAGGAGAAAUAAAGAGACCUAUGUGGAUGGAUUUCAGGUUUCUCUUCCUGUGGAUUUGAAGCAUAGAGCAACAGUAGCUGUAAAAGGACAUUAUGUAGUCAUUGAUACCUCUCUAGGGAUCCAGGUGAAGUUUGAUGGCGACCAGGAGCUUUUUAUUCAGGUUGAUGAAAGUCUCAAAGGACAGCUGUGUGGUCUGUGUGGGACAUUCAAUGACAACCAGCUGGAUGAUUUUCUUAAACCAGACAAUGUCCUAGAACAAGAUCCAAAUAAAUUUGGUGACAGCUGGCUAGUGAAGGAUGACAACUGGAUAUGUAAUCCAGUCGCAGUUGUGCCACCGACCUGUGACACAGAAAAAGAGAAAGAAUAUGAAGAAGUCUGUAAAAUUAUUUUGGAAAACAGUGGGCCUUUUGCAGUCUGUCAUUGGUACAUUCCACCACAGCUGUACUUUGAGAGCUGUGUCUAUGACCUGUGUGCCACAGAGGGGAAUUCUGAACAAUUUUGCAAAAUUUUAGAGGCAUAUGCUGCUGCCUGUGAGCUUGGAGGUGUAAAUCUGGGAGAAUGGAGGGAAGGUACCAUCUGUGCUGCACCAACAGCCUGCAAUAUAUCCUGCACGUUUGAUGUUGACUUCUGUGGAUGGGAACAGGCAGUCGAUGACAACUUUGACUGGAUAAGGAACAAGGGGCCAACACCCUCACCAAACACUGGCCCUUCCUAUGACCACACAACAGGAGAUGGCUAUUACAUAUACCUGCAAGGAAGUGAGCAUAACCCAGCUGAUGUAGCUCGCUUGGCCAGUCCAAUAUGUGGUUCAGAAGGACCGCACUGCUUCCGCUUCUGGUAUCACAUGUACGGCGUGGCUGAAACAAUGGCCCUGCGGGUGUACGUAACUCACAAUGAAACAUCAACACUGGAAUGGAAAGAAGCUGGAAACAAAGGGGACAGAUGGCAUUUACAAGAGCUCACGGUGCACAGCAAAGGAAACAUGCAGAUUGUCCUCGAAGGCAUGAUAGGGGAAGAUUUCCGCAGCGACGUGGCACUGGAUGAUCUGUCCAUUGAAAAGGGAUACUGCCCAGGCGAUGGGCCUCCAACGCCUGGCACCAGCACACCAACACCUGGGACACCAACACCCUCGCCAGGCUCAGGGACCUGUGUGGUGGAAGGAGACCCUCACUACCACACCUUUGACAAUCAAAUACACCACUUCAUGGGCACCUGCACCUACACCCUGUCCAAGCUGUGUGAGAGCAACAGCUCGCUGCCCUACUUCAACGUGGAAGCGGCCAAUGAGCACAGGGGAGGCAACACGCGCGUGUCCUACGUCCAGUACGUGGAUGUCGAUGUGUAUGGCCAGCGCAUAAGGCUGGGGAAGGGCGGCGUGGUGACGGUCAACGGAGUGGCAGAGGUGCUGCCCUGCACCCCGUCGGCAGGCGUGCAGGUCUCGUCCAGCGGCUUCUACACUGUGGUCACGACAGACUUUGGCUUGAGAGUGAAGUUUGAUGGGAACCAUCUGGUGGAGGUGACGCUUCCGAGCACCUUUGGGCAGAAGGUUUGUGGCAUGUGUGGGAACUACAACGGGAUGGCAGCAGACGACUUCCUGAACCCGGACGGGGUGCUGGAGCCAGACUCCACCAGCCUGGGUAACAGCUGGCAGGUGUCCAACGACAGCAGCUGCUCAGCCGGACAGCCCGCCCCGCCAGCCUGUAGUGAGGCCGACAAGCAAGUCAUUGCCAGCAGCCGCUUCUGCGGACUCCUCACUGACAGCAGCAGCCCCUUUGAGGUGUGCCACGCCGUGCUGAGUCCCAGCGGUUACUUCAACACCUGCCUUUACGACCUGUGUGAGCUGGGGCUGGAUGACAAGGCCCUGUGCAACAGCUUGCAGGCCUAUGCGGAUGCCUGCCGGGCGCUUGGUGUCAAGCUCCCUGCGUGGAGGAACGCGACAUUCUGCCCCAUCACCUGUCCAGCCAACAGUCACUACGAGCCCUGUGCUGCAGCCUGCCCUGCCACCUGUGUUGACCCUAUGGCUCCCGUCACCUGCAGCCUGCCGUGCGUGGAGGGUUGCGUGUGCGACAGCGGGUACCUGCUCUACAAUGACCGAUGUGUGCCCAGCCAGCAGUGCGGGUGCUGGCACAAUGGGCAGCACUACCCGGUGGGCUCGGAGUUCUGGACGGACAACAGCUGCUCCACAAAGUGCACGUGUCCCACGCGGGGAGGCAAAGUCCAGUGCUCCAGCGCCUCAUGUCCUGCGGGCCAGUACUGCGGUGUGCAGAAUGGGAAACCCGAGUGCCUUGACCACACAUAUGGCAUCUGCAACGUCCACGGUGACCCUCACUACGUUACCUUUGACAAGGUGACGCACGACUUCAUGGGGAACUGCACCUACACCCUGGCCAAAGUGUGCUCCAACAGCUCUGUGCCCUACUUCAAUGUUGAGGCAAAGAACGAGCAUCGUGGCAACCCCAGAGUGUCGUACGUGCGCGAAGUCCUGGUCGAGGUGUACGGAGAGCGCAUUGCAAUAGUCAAGCAGGAGAGGAGCCAAGUGCUGGUGAACGGUGUGCGCCGGACCUUGCCGGUGAGUGCAGCAGGAGGAGCCAUCAGAGUGAGCACAAGCGGCCGCUACAUCGUCCUGGAGACGGACUUCAACCUCAGAGUGUCCUACGACGCCGACCACUCGGUGGAGGUGAGGGUGCCCACCACCUACUCCAACCUGACCUGCGGCAUGUGCGGGAACUUCAACAGCCGGCGAGAGGACGACUACAUGAUGCCCGACGGGCAGCAAGCCGCAGACUCCAAUGCAUUGGGGGAGAGCUGGAAGGUGCCCGACGGUGACCCCUCUUGCGGUGUGCCCCCACCCCUGGAACCCUGCAGUGCGGAAGAGGAGAAGCUCUACCAAUCGGAGCAGUUCUGUGGCAUACUGACUGCCAGCCCAGGCUUUUUUGAGAGCUGCCAUGCCGUGAUCAACCCCCAGAGCUACUUUGACACCUGCUCCUACGACCUUUGUGCCCUGAGUGGCAGCCAGGACGUCCUGUGUGGUGCCCUGGAGGCCUACGCUGACGCGUGCCAGGCAGCCGGCGUGACACUUCUCCCCUGGAGGAAUGCCACCUUCUGCCCCCUGCGGUGCCCUGCCAACAGCUACUAUGACCCUUGCAUGACUGGCUGUCCUGCCACCUGCGUUGACCAACAAGCCCCGCAGAACUGCUCCAAGCCCUGCAUGGAGGGCUGCGCGUGCACCUCUGGCUUCCUCCUCAGCGGAGACGCCUGCGUGCCCGAGGCCAACUGUGGCUGCCUCUUUGAGGGCAACUACUACAGCGAGGGAGAGCACUUGGUGAACGAGAACUGCACUAGGCAGUGCCAGUGUGAAGCCAACGGCCAGAUGGUUUGCUCUGAGUUGUCCUGUGGUGAGGAGGAGAUCUGCAAGAUCCAGGACGGCCAGCCGGGCUGUUACCCAGCCAGCACAGCUCUCUGCCACAUCUACGGCGACCCGCAUUACAGCACCUUCGACGGGAAGCUUCACCACUUCCAGGGCUCCUGCAACUACACCGUGGUGACGGCCUGUGACAACUCCUCCCUCGGCUUCAGCAUCACCACGCGCAACGAACAUCGGGGCAGCCCGAGCUGGACGGCUCUGAACUCCGUCGCGCUGUCCGUGGAAGGCCUCCACAUUGCACUGCGCAAGAACAAGGCAGUCUACAUCAACGGUGCUCUGGCCUCCCUGCCUGCUUCUCCAGCCCCCGGUGUGACCAUUUCUCUGAGUGGCUCCUACGUGCAGGUCUCUACCAAGCUGGGCCUGCAGGUGCAGUUCAACGGGGACCAUGAGCUCCUUGUGAGGGUGUCCGAGAAACACCAGGGCAAGCUGUGUGGGUUGUGUGGAACAUACACCGGGAGACAAGAGGACGACUUCACACGACCCGAUGGGGUCGUUGUGCCUGACACCAAUGACUUUGGAAACAGCUGGAGGGUGCCGGAUGACGAGUGGCCGUGUGACACAAUCCCCGUACCACCUCCAUCCUGCUCCCCCUCUGCGGAGGAGGCAGCUAACAAGGAGUGUGCAAUCCUCACGCAACCCGGUGGCCCGUUCCAGCCAUGCCACGCAGUUCUGCCACCCGAGACGUACUUUGAGAGCUGUGUCUAUGACCAUUGUGCCACGAAUGGCAGCACAGAGCAGCUCUGCAACGCCCUGGGUGCCUAUGCUGCAGCCUGUGCUGAGGCAGGUGUUGCUCUGGGAGACUGGAGUGCUGGCACUGUCUGUGGUUCAACGGUUCCUCCAACCUCCACCCCCUUGCCAGGUACUACAACGCAGCCUCCCCACACAACUUCACCUGCGACAAGCACAGGUCCGCUGCCUCCAACAGCCUUGACUCCGUUGCCAGACAGCACAACACAGCCUACACACACACUGCCACCAACCACACCUGUGCCAAGCUCAGGGACCUGUGUGGUGGAAGGAGACCCUCACUACCACACCUUUGACAAUCAAAUACACCACUUCAUGGGCACCUGCACCUACACCCUGUCCAAGCUGUGUGAGAGCAACAGCUCGCUGCCCUACUUCAACGUGGAAGCGGCCAAUGAGCACAGGGGAGGCAACACGCGCGUGUCCUACGUCCAGUACGUGGAUGUCGAUGUGUAUGGCCAGCGCAUAAGGCUGGGGAAGGGCGGCGUGGUGACGGUCAACGGAGUGGCAGAGGUGCUGCCCUGCACCCCAUCGGCAGGCGUGCAGGUCUCGUCCAGCGGCUUCUACACUGUGGUCACGACAGACUUUGGCUUGAGAGUGAAGUUUGAUGGGAACCAUCUGGUGGAGGUGACGCUUCCGAGCACCUUUGGGCAGAAGGUUUGUGGCAUGUGUGGGAACUACAACGGGAUGGCAGCAGACGACUUCCUGAACCCGGACGGGGUGCUGGAGCCAGACUCCACCAGCCUGGGUAACAGCUGGCAGGUGUCCAACGACAGCAGCUGCUCAGCCGGACAGCCCGCCCCGCCAGCCUGUAGUGAGGCCGACAAGCAAGUCAUUGCCAGCAGCCGCUUCUGCGGACUCCUCACUGACAGCAGCAGCCCCUUUGAGGUGUGCCACGCCGUGCUGAGUCCCAGCGGUUACUUCAACACCUGCCUUUACGACCUGUGUGAGCUGGGGCUGAAUGACAAGGCCCUGUGCAACAGCUUGCAGGCCUAUGCGGAUGCCUGCCAGGCGCUUGGUGUCAAGCUCCCUGCGUGGAGGAACGCGACAUUCUGCCCCAUCACCUGUCCAGCCAACAGUCACUACGAGCCCUGUGCUGCAGCCUGCCCUGCCACCUGUGUUGACCCAUUAGCACCGUAUAAAUGCAGCCUGCCGUGCGUGGAGGGUUGCGUGUGCGACAGCGGGUACCUGCUCUACAAUGACCGAUGUGUGCCCAGCCAGCAGUGCGGGUGCUGGCACAAUGGGCAGCACUACCCGGUGGGCUCGGAGUUCUGGACGGACAACAGCUGCUCCACAAAGUGCACGUGUCCCACGCGGGGAGGCAAAGUCCAGUGCUCCAGCGCCUCAUGCCCUGCGGGCCAAUACUGUGGUGUGCAGAAUGGGAAACCCGAGUGCCUUGACCACACAUAUGGCAUCUGCAACGUACACAACGAUCCUCACUACGUUACCUUUGACAAGGUGACGCACAGCUUCAUGGGGAACUGCACCUACACCCUGGCCAAAGUGUGCUCCAACAGCUCCGUGCCCUACUUCAAUGUUGAGGCAAAGAACGAGCAUCGUGGCAACCCCCGAGUGUCGUACGUGCGCGAAGUCCUGGUCGAGGUGUACGGAGAGCGCAUUGCAAUAGUCAAGCAGGAGAGGAGCCAAGUGCUGGUGAACGGUGUGCGCCGGACCUUGCCGGUGAGUGCAGCAGGAGGAGCCAUCAGAGUGAGCACAAGCGGCCGCUACAUCGUCCUGGAGACGGACUUCAACCUCAGAGUGUCCUACGACGCCGACCACUCGGUGGAGGUGAGGGUGCCCACCACCUACUCCAACCUGACCUGCGGCAUGUGCGGGAACUUCAACAGCCGGCGAGAGGACGACUACAUGAUGCCCGACGGGCAGCAAGCCGCAGACUCCAAUGCAUUGGGGGAGAGCUGGAAGGUGCCCGACGGUGACCCCUCUUGCGGUGUGCCCCCACCCCUGGAACCCUGCAGUGCAGAAGAGGAGAAGCUCUACCAAUCGGAGCAGUUCUGUGGCAUACUGACUGCCAGCCCAGGCUUUUUUGAGAGCUGCCAUGCCGUGAUCAACCCCCAGAGCUACUUUGACACCUGCUCCUACGACCUUUGUGCCCUGAGUGGCAGCCAGGACGUCCUGUGUGGUGCCCUGGAGGCCUACGCUGACGCGUGCCAGGCAGCCGGCGUGACUCUUCUCCCCUGGAGGAAUGCCACCUUCUGCCCCCUGCGGUGCCCUGCCAACAGCUACUAUGACCCUUGCAUGACUGGCUGUCCUGCCACCUGCGUUGACCAACAAGCCCCGCAGAACUGCUCCAAGCCCUGCAUGGAGGGCUGCGCGUGCACCUCUGGCUUCCUCCUCAGCGGAGACGCCUGCGUGCCCGAGGCCAACUGUGGCUGCCUCUUUGAGGGCAACUACUACAGCGAAGGAGAGCACUUGGUGAACGAGAACUGCACUAGGCAGUGCCAGUGUGAAGCCAACGGCCAGAUGGUUUGCUCUGAGUUGUCCUGUGGUGAGGAGGAGAUCUGCAAGAUCCAGGACGGCCAGCCGGGCUGUUACCCAGCCAGCACAGCUCUCUGCCACAUCUACGGCGACCCGCAUUACAGCACCUUCGACGGGAAGCUUCACCACUUCCAGGGCUCCUGCAACUACACCGUGGUGACGGCCUGUGACAACUCCUCCCUCGGCUUCAGCAUCACCACGCGCAACGAACAUCGGGGCAGCCCGAGCUGGACGGCUCUGAACUCCGUCGCGCUGUCCGUGGAAGGCCUCCACAUUGCACUGCGCAAGAACAAGGCAGUCUACAUCAACGGUGCUCUGGCCUCCCUGCCUGCUUCUCCAGCCCCCGGUGUGACCAUUUCUCUGAGUGGCUCCUACGUGCAGGUCUCUACCAAGCUGGGCCUGCAGGUGCAGUUCAACGGGGACCAUGAGCUCCUUGUGAGGGUGUCCGAGAAGCACCAGGGCAAGCUGUGUGGGUUGUGUGGAACAUACACCGGGAGACAAGAGGACGACUUCACACGACCCGAUGGGGUCGUUGUGCCUGACACCAAUGACUUUGGAAACAGCUGGAGGGUGCCGGAUGACGAGUGGCCGUGUGACACAAUCCCCGUACCACCUCCAUCCUGCUCCCCCUCUGCGGAGGAGGCAGCUAACAAGGAGUGUGCAAUCCUCACGCAACCCGGUGGCCCGUUCCAGCCAUGCCACGCAGUUCUGCCACCCGAGACGUACUUUGAGAGCUGUGUCUAUGACCAUUGUGCCACGAGUGGCAGCACGGAGCAGCUCUGCAACGCCCUGGGUGCCUAUGCUGCAGCCUGUGCUGAGGCAGGUGUUGCUCUGGGAGACUGGAGUGCUGGCACUGUCUGUGCUUUGCCAACAGCCUGCAAUUUCGACUGCACAUUUGACGUCGACCUCUGUGAGUGGGUCCAGGAGGCGUCCAGCAGCAUCGACUGGACAAGGCACAAGGGGCCAACACCAUCGCCAGAUACCGGCCCUUCCUUCGACCACACAACAGGAGACGGCUACUACAUCUACCUGCAUGGAAGCUCCUAUUACGAAUACUUGGUGUCUCAGCUGGUCAGCCCGGUGUGCAACUCAACGGGACCGCACUGCUUCCGCUUCUGGUACCACAUGUACGGCGUGGCUGAAGAAAUGGCCCUGCGGGUGUACGUGACUAGGGACAAAGAACUUCUGCAGGUUUGGGAAGCAACUGGGAACCACGGGGACAGAUGGCACUUGGGAGAGGUCACGGUGCACAGCACAGGAAACAUGCAGAUUGUCCUCGAGGGACAAUGGGGGGAAGAUUUCCGCAGCGACGUGGCACUGGAUGAUCUGUCCAUUGAAAAGGGAUACUGCCCAGGCGAUGUGCCUUCAACACCUGGCACCAGCACACCAACACCUGGGACACCAACACCCUCGCCAGGCUCAGGGACCUGUGUGGUGGAAGGAGACCCUCACUACCACACCUUUGACAAUCAAAUACACCACUUCAUGGGCACCUGCACCUACACCCUGUCCAAGCUGUGUGAGAGCAACAGCUCGCUGCCCUACUUCAACGUGGAAGCGGCCAAUGAGCACAGGGGAGGCAACACGCGCGUGUCCUACGUCCAGUACGUGGAUGUCGAUGUGUAUGGCCAGCGCAUAAGGCUGGGGAAGGGCGGCGUGGUGACGGUCAACGGAGUGGCAGAGGUGCUGCCCUGCACCCCGUCGGCAGGCGUGCAGGUCUCGUCCAGCGGCUUCUACACUGUGGUCACGACAGACUUUGGCUUGAGAGUGAAGUUUGAUGGGAACCAUCUGGUGGAGGUGACGCUUCCGAGCACCUUUGGGCAGAAGGUUUGUGGCAUGUGUGGGAACUACAACGGGAUGGCAGCAGACGACUUCCUGAACCCGGACGGGGUGCUGGAGCCAGACUCCACCAGCCUGGGUAACAGCUGGCAGGUGUCCAACGACAGCAGCUGCUCAGCCGGACAGCCUGCCCCGCCAGCCUGUAGUGAGGCCGACAAGCAAGUCAUUGCCAGCAGCCGCUUCUGCGGACUCCUCACUGACAGCAGCAGCCCCUUUGAGGUGUGCCACGCCGUGCUGAGUCCCAGCGAUUACUUCAACACCUGCCUUUACGACCUGUGUGAGCUGGGGCUGAAUGACAAGGCCCUGUGCAACAGCUUGCAGGCCUAUGCGGAUGCCUGCCAGGCGCUUGGUGUCAAGCUCCCUGCGUGGAGGAACGCGACAUUCUGCCCCAUCACCUGUCCAGCCAACAGUCACUACGAGCCCUGUGCUGCAGCCUGCCCUGCCACCUGUGUUGACCCUAUGGCUCCCGUCACCUGCAGUCUGCCGUGCGUGGAGGGUUGUGUGUGCGACAGCGGGUUCCUGCUCUACAAUGACCGAUGUGUGCCCAGCCAGCAGUGCGGGUGCUGGCACAAUGGGCAGCACUACCCGGUGGGCUCGGAGUUCUGGACGGACAACAGCUGCUCCACAAAGUGCACGUGUCCCACGCGGGGAGGCAAAGUCCAAUGCUCCAGCGCCUCAUGUCCUGCGGGCCAGUACUGUGGUGUGCAGAAUGGGAAACCCGAGUGCCUUGACCACACAUAUGGCAUCUGCCACGUCCACGGUGACCCUCACUACGUUACCUUUGACAAGGUGACGCACGACUUCAUGGGGAACUGCACCUACACCCUGGCCAAAGUGUGCUCCAACAGCUCCGUGCCCUACUUCAAUGUUGAGGCAAAGAACGAGCAUCGUGGCAACCCCCGAGUGUCGUACGUGCGCGAAGUCCUGGUCGAGGUGUACGGAGAGCGCAUUGCAAUAGUCAAGCAGGAGAGGAGCCAAGUGCUGGUGAACGGUGUGCGCCGGACCUUGCCGGUGAGUGCAGCAGGAGGAGCCAUCAGAGUGAGCACAAGCGGCCGCUACAUCGUCCUGGAGACGGACUUCAACCUCAGAGUGUCCUACGAUGCCGACCACUCGGUGGAGGUGAGGGUGCCCACCACCUACUCCAACCUGACCUGCGGCAUGUGCGGGAACUUCAACAGCCGGCGAGAGGACGACUACAUGAUGCCCGACGGGCAGCAAGCCGCAGACUCCAAUGCAUUGGGGGAGAGCUGGAAGGUGCCCGACGGUGACCCCUCUUGCGGUGUGCCCCCACCCCUGGAACCCUGCAGUGCGGAAGAGGAGAAGCUCUACCAAUCGGAGCAGUUCUGUGGCAUACUGACUGCCAGCCCAGGCUUUUUUGAGAGCUGCCAUGCCGUGAUCAACCCCCAGAGCUACUUUGACACCUGCUCCUACGACCUUUGUGCCCUGAGUGGCAGCCAGGACGUCCUGUGUGGUGCCCUGGAGGCCUACGCUGACGCGUGCCAGGCAGCCGGCGUGACUCUUCUCCCCUGGAGGAAUGCCACCUUCUGCCCCCUGCGGUGCCCUGCCAACAGCUACUAUGACCCUUGCAUGACUGGCUGUCCUGCCACCUGCGUUGACCAACAAGCCCCGCAGAACUGCUCCAAGCCCUGCAUGGAGGGCUGCGCGUGCACCUCUGGCUUCCUCCUCAGCGGAGACGCCUGCGUGCCCGAGGCCAACUGUGGCUGCCUCUUUGAGGGCAACUACUACAGCGAGGGAGAGCACUUGGUGAACGAGAACUGCACUAGGCAGUGCCAGUGUGAAGCCAACGGCCAGAUGGUUUGCUCUGAGUUGUCCUGUGGUGAGGAGGAGAUCUGCAAGAUCCAGGACGGCCAGCCGGGCUGUUACCCAGCCAGCACAGCUCUCUGCCACAUCUACGGCGACCCGCAUUACAGCACCUUCGACGGGAAGCUUCACCACUUCCAGGGCUCCUGCAACUACACCGUGGUGACGGCCUGUGACAACUCCUCCCUCGGCUUCAGCAUCACCACGCGCAACGAACAUCGGGGCAGCCCGAGCUGGACGGCUCUGAACUCCGUCGCGCUGUCCGUGGAAGGCCUCCACAUUGCACUGCGCAAGAACAAGGCAGUCUACAUCAACGGUGCUCUGGCCUCCCUGCCUGCUUCUCCAGCCCCCGGUGUGACCAUUUCUCUGAGUGGCUCCUACGUGCAGGUCUCUACCAAGCUGGGCCUGCAGGUGCAGUUCAACGGGGACCAUGAGCUCCUUGUGAGGGUGUCCGAGAAGCACCAGGGCAAGCUGUGUGGGUUGUGUGGAACAUACACCGGGAGACAAGAGGACGACUUCACACGACCCGAUGGGGUCGUUGUGCCUGACACCAAUGCCUUUGGAGACAGCUGGAGGGUGCCGGAUGACGAGUGGCCGUGUGACACAAUCCCCGUACCACCUCCAUCCUGCUCCCCCUCUGCGGAGGAGGCAGCUAACAAGGAGUGUGCAAUCCUCACGCAACCCGGUGGCCCGUUCCAGCCAUGCCACGCAGUUCUGCCACCCGAGACGUACUUUGAGAGCUGUGUCUAUGACCAUUGUGCCACGGUGGCAGCACGGAGCAGCUCUGCAAUGUCCUGGGUGCCUAUGCUGCAGCCUGUGCUGUGGCAGGUGUUUGCUCUGGGAGACUGGAGUGCUGGCACUGUCUGUGGUUCAACGGUUCCUCCAACCUCCACCCCCUUGCCAGGUACUACAACGCAGCCUCCCCACACAACUUCACCUGCGACAAGCACAGGGACCUGUGUGGUGGAAGGAGACCCUCACUACCACACCUUUGACAAUCAAAUACACCACUUCAUGGGCACCUGCACCUACACCCUGUCCAAGCUGUGUGAGAGCAACAGCUCGCUGCCCUACUUCAACGUGGAAGCGGCCAAUGAGCACAGGGGAGGCAACACGCGCGUGUCCUACGUCCAGUACGUGGAUGUCGAUGUGUAUGGCCAGCGCAUAAGGCUGGGGAAGGGCGGCGUGGUGACGGUCAACGGAGUGGCAGAGGUGCUGCCCUGCACCCCGUCGGCAGGCGUGCAGGUCUCGUCCAGCGGCUUCUACACUGUGGUCACGACAGACUUUGGCUUGAGAGUGAAGUUUGAUGGGAACCAUCUGGUGGAGGUGACGCUUCCGAGCACCUUUGGGCAGAAGCCAGCAGUGCGGGUUGCUGGCACAAUGGGCAGCACUACCCGGUGGGCUCGGAGUUCUGGACGGACAACAGCUGCUCCACAAAGUGCACGUGUCCCACGCGGGGAGGCAAAGUCCCAGUGCUCCAGCGCCUCAUGCCCUGCGGGCCAUUACUGUGGUGUGCAGAAUGGGAAACCCGAGUGCCUUGACCACACAUAUGGCAUCUGCCACGUACACAACGAUCCUCACUACGUUACCUUUGACAAGGUGACGCACAGCUUCAUGGGGAACUGCACCUACACCCUGGCCAAGUGUGCUCCAACAGCUCCGUGCCCUACUUCAAUGUUGAGGCAAAGAACGAGCAUCGUGGCAAACCCCCGAGUGUCGUACGUGCGCGAAGUCCUGGUCGAGGUGUACGGAGAGCGCAUUGCAAUAGUCAAGCAGGAGAGGAGCCAAGUGCUGGUGAACGGUGUGCGCCGGACCUUGCCGGUGAGUGCAGCAGGAGGAGCCAUCAGAGUGAGCACAAGCGGCCGCUACAUCGUCCUGGAGACGGACUUCAACCUCAGAGUGUCCUACGACGCCGACCACUCGGUGGAGGUGAGGGUGCCCACCACCUACUCCAACCUGACCUGCGGCAUGUGCGGGAACUUCAACAGCCGGCGAGAGGACGACUACAUGAUGCCCGACGGGCAGCAAGCCGCAGACUCCAAUGCAUUGGGGGAGAGCUGGAAGGUGCCCGACGGUGACCCCUCUUGCGGUGUGCCCCCACCCCUGGAACCCUGCAGUGCAGAAGAGGAGAAGCUCUACCAAUCGGAGCAGUUCUGUGGCAUACUGACUGCCAGCCCAGGCUUUUUUGAGAGCUGCCAUGCCGUGAUCAACCCCCAGAGCUACUUUGACACCUGCUCCUACGACCUUUGUGCCCUGAGUGGCAGCCAGGACGUCCUGUGUGGUGCCCUGGAGGCCUACGCUGACGCGUGCCAGGCAGCCGGCGUGACUCUUCUCCCCUGGAGGAAUGCCACCUUCUGCCCCCUGCGGUGCCCUGCCAACAGCUACUAUGACCCUUGCAUGACUGGCUGUCCUGCCACCUGCGUUGACCAACAAGCCCCGCAGAACUGCUCCAAGCCCUGCAUGGAGGGCUGCGCGUGCACCUCUGGCUUCCUCCUCAGCGGAGACGCCUGCGUGCCCGAGGCCAACUGUGGCUGCCUCUUUGAGGGCAACUACUACAGCGUGAGUGAAAACCCUGUGGCGUCUCGCUCCCCUCCCGAGGCACUGCUUUGCCUCUACUUGCCUGAGGAGAGCACUUGCCAACGGCCAGAUGGUUGCUCUGAGUUGUCCUGUGGUGAGGAGGAGAUCUGCAAGAUCCAGGACGGCCAGCCGGGCUGUUACCCAGCCAGCACAGCUCUCUGCCACAUCUACGGCGACCCGCAUUACAGCACCUUCGACGGGAAGCUUCACCACUUCCAGGGCUCCUGCAACUACACCGUGGUGACGGCCUGUGACAACUCCUCCCUCGGCUUCAGCAUCACCACGCGCAACGAACAUCGGGGCAGCCCGAGCUGGACGGCUCUGAACUCCGUCGCGCUGUCCGUGGAAGGCCUCCACAUUGCACUGCGCAAGAACAAGGCAGUCUACAUCAACGGUGCUCUGGCCUCCCCUGCCUGCUUCUCCAGCCCCCGGUGUGACCAUUUCUCUGAGUGGCUCCUACGUGGUGUCCGAGAAGCACCAGGGCAAGCUGUGUGGGUUGUGGGAACAUACACCGGGAGACAAGAGGACGACUUCACACGACCCGAUGGGGUCGUUGUGCCUGACACCAAUGACUUUGGAAACAGCUGGAGGGUGCCGGAUGACGAGUGGCCGUGUGACACAAUCCCCGUACCACCUCCAUCCUGCUCCCCCUCUGCGGAGGAGGCAGCUAACAAGGAGUGUGCAAUCCUCACGCAACCCGGUGGCCCGUUCCAGCCAUGCCACGCAGUUCUGCCACCCGAGACGUACUUUGAGAGCUGUGUCUAUGACCAUUGUGCCACGAGUGGCAGCACGGAGCAGCUCUGCAACGCCCUGGGUGCCUAUGCUGCAGCCUGUGCUGAGGCAGGUGUUGCUCUGGGAGACUGGAGUGCUGGCACUGUCUGUGCUUUGCCAACAGCCUGCAAUUUCGACUGCACAUUUGACGUCGACCUCUGUGAGUGGGUCCAGGAGGCGUCCAGCAGCAUCGACUGGACAAGGCACAAGGGGCCAACACCAUCGCCAGAUACCGGCCCUUCCUUCGACCACACAACAGGAGACGGCUACUACAUCUACCUGCAUGGAAGCUCCUAUUACGAAUACUUGGUGUCUCAGCUGGUCAGCCCGGUGUGCAACUCAACGGGACCGCACUGCUUCCGCUUCUGGUACCACAUGUACGGCGUGGCUGAAGAAAUGGCCCUGCGGGUGUACGUGACUAGGGACAAAGAACUUCUGCAGGUUUGGGAAGCAACUGGGAACCACGGGGACAGAUGGCACUUGGGAGAGGUCACGGUGCACAGCACAGGAAACAUGCAGAUUGUCCUCGAGGGACAAUGGGGGGAAGAUUUCCGCAGCGACGUGGCACUGGAUGAUCUGUCCAUUGAAAAGGGAUACUGCCCAGGCGAUGUGCCUUCAACACCUGGCACCAGCACACCAACACCUGGGACACCAACACCCUCGCCAGGCUCAGGGACCUGUGUGGUGGAAGGAGACCCUCACUACCACACCUUUGACAAUCAAAUACACCACUUCAUGGGCACCUGCACCUACACCCUGUCCAAGCUGUGUGAGAGCAACAGCUCGCUGCCCUACUUCAACGUGGAAGCGGCCAAUGAGCACAGGGGAGGCAACACGCGCGUGUCCUACGUCCAGUACGUGGAUGUCGAUGUGUAUGGCCAGCGCAUAAGGCUGGGGAAGGGCGGCGUGGUGACGGUCAACGGAGUGGCAGAGGUGCUGCCCUGCACCCCGUCGGCAGGCGUGCAGGUCUCGUCCAGCGGCUUCUACACUGUGGUCACGACAGACUUUGGCUUGAGAGUGAAGUUUGAUGGGAACCAUCUGGUGGAGGUGACGCUUCCGAGCACCUUUGGGCAGAAGGUUUGUGGCAUGUGUGGGAACUACAACGGGAUGGCAGCAGACGACUUCCUGAACCCGGACGGGGUGCUGGAGCCAGACUCCACCAGCCUGGGUAACAGCUGGCAGGUGUCCAACGACAGCAGCUGCUCAGCCGGACAGCCUGCCCCGCCAGCCUGUAGUGAGGCCGACAAGCAAGUCAUUGCCAGCAGCCGCUUCUGCGGACUCCUCACUGACAGCAGCAGCCCCUUUGAGGUGUGCCACGCCGUGCUGAGUCCCAGCGAUUACUUCAACACCUGCCUUUACGACCUGUGUGAGCUGGGGCUGAAUGACAAGGCCCUGUGCAACAGCUUGCAGGCCUAUGCGGAUGCCUGCCAGGCGCUUGGUGUCAAGCUCCCUGCGUGGAGGAACGCGACAUUCUGCCCCAUCACCUGUCCAGCCAACAGUCACUACGAGCCCUGUGCUGCAGCCUGCCCUGCCACCUGUGUUGACCCUAUGGCUCCCGUCACCUGCAGUCUGCCGUGCGUGGAGGGUUGUGUGUGCGACAGCGGGUUCCUGCUCUACAAUGACCGAUGUGUGCCCAGCCAGCAGUGCGGGUGCUGGCACAAUGGGCAGCACUACCCGGUGGGCUCGGAGUUCUGGACGGACAACAGCUGCUCCACAAAGUGCACGUGUCCCACGCGGGGAGGCAAAGUCCAAUGCUCCAGCGCCUCAUGUCCUGCGGGCCAGUACUGUGGUGUGCAGAAUGGGAAACCCGAGUGCCUUGACCACACAUAUGGCAUCUGCCACGUCCACGGUGACCCUCACUACGUUACCUUUGACAAGGUGACGCACGACUUCAUGGGGAACUGCACCUACACCCUGGCCAAGUGCUCCAACAGCUCCGUGCCCUACUUCAAUGUUGAGGCAAAGAACGAGCAUCGUGGCAACCCCCGAGUGUCGUACGUGCGCGAAGUCCUGGUCGAGGUGUACGGAGAGCGCAUUGCAAUAGUCAAGCAGGAGAGGAGCCAAGUGCUGGUGAACGGUGUGCGCCGGACCUUGCCGGUGAGUGCAGCAGGAGGAGCCAUCAGAGUGAGCACAAGCGGCCGCUACAUCGUCCUGGAGACGGACUUCAACCUCAGAGUGUCCUACGAUGCCGACCACUCGGUGGAGGUGAGGGUGCCCACCACCUACUCCAACCUGACCUGCGGCAUGUGCGGGAACUUCAACAGCCGGCGAGAGGACGACUACAUGAUGCCCGACGGGCAGCAAGCCGCAGACUCCAAUGCAUUGGGGGAGAGCUGGAAGGUGCCCGACGGUGACCCCUCUUGCGGUGUGCCCCCACCCCUGGAACCCUGCAGUGCGGAAGAGGAGAAGCUCUACCAAUCGGAGCAGUUCUGUGGCAUACUGACUGCCAGCCCAGGCUUUUUUGAGAGCUGCCAUGCCGUGAUCAACCCCCAGAGCUACUUUGACACCUGCUCCUACGACCUUUGUGCCCUGAGUGGCAGCCAGGACGUCCUGUGUGGUGCCCUGGAGGCCUACGCUGACGCGUGCCAGGCAGCCGGCGUGACUCUUCUCCCCUGGAGGAAUGCCACCUUCUGCCCCCUGCGGUGCCCUGCCAACAGCUACUAUGACCCUUGCAUGACUGGCUGUCCUGCCACCUGCGUUGACCAACAAGCCCCGCAGAACUGCUCCAAGCCCUGCAUGGAGGGCUGCGCGUGCACCUCUGGCUUCCUCCUCAGCGGAGACGCCUGCGUGCCCGAGGCCAACUGUGGCUGCCUCUUUGAGGGCAACUACUACAGCGAGGGAGAGCACUUGGUGAACGAGAACUGCACUAGGCAGUGCCAGUGUGAAGCCAACGGCCAGAUGGUUUGCUCUGAGUUGUCCUGUGGUGAGGAGGAGAUCUGCAAGAUCCAGGACGGCCAGCCGGGCUGUUACCCAGCCAGCACAGCUCUCUGCCACAUCUACGGCGACCCGCAUUACAGCACCUUCGACGGGAAGCUUCACCACUUCCAGGGCUCCUGCAACUACACCGUGGUGACGGCCUGUGACAACUCCUCCCUCGGCUUCAGCAUCACCACGCGCAACGAACAUCGGGGCAGCCCGAGCUGGACGGCUCUGAACUCCGUCGCGCUGUCCGUGGAAGGCCUCCACAUUGCACUGCGCAAGAACAAGGCAGUCUACAUCAACGGUGCUCUGGCCUCCCUGCCUGCUUCUCCAGCCCCCGGUGUGACCAUUUCUCUGAGUGGCUCCUACGUGCAGGUCUCUACCAAGCUGGGCCUGCAGGUGCAGUUCAACGGGGACCAUGAGCUCCUUGUGAGGGUGUCCGAGAAGCACCAGGGCAAGCUGUGUGGGUUGUGUGGAACAUACACCGGGAGACAAGAGGACGACUUCACACGACCCGAUGGGGUCGUUGUGCCUGACACCAAUGCCUUUGGAGACAGCUGGAGGGUGCCGGAUGACGAGUGGCCGUGUGACACAAUCCCCGUACCACCUCCAUCCUGCUCCCCCUCUGCGGAGGAGGCAGCUAACAAGGAGUGUGCAAUCCUCACGCAACCCGGUGGCCCGUUCCAGCCAUGCCACGCAGUUCUGCCACCCGAGACGUACUUUGAGAGCUGUGUCUAUGACCAUUGUGCCACGGGUGGCAGCACGGAGCAGCUCUGCAAUGUCCUGGGUGCCUAUGCUGCAGCCUGUGCUGUGGCAGGUGUUGCUCUGGGAGACUGGAGUGCUGGCACUGUCUGUGGUUCAACGGUUCCUCCAACCUCCACCCCCUUGCCAGGUACUACAACGCAGCCUCCCCACACAACUUCACCUGCGACAAGCACAGAUCCUACUGCCUUGCCAAAUGUUACUACACAGCCUCCAUGGACAACAAAACCUGGAGUAAGCACAGUGGCUCCAUCAACAUCUCAACCUGGGACUUCCUUGCCAGUCACCACAACACAGCCUGCACACACUCCAUCACCACCAAGACCUACACCAAGUUCAGGCCAUGCCUCCUGCAGUGCCUCUGGAGAUCCACAUUAUAACACUUUUGAUCACAGAGUUCUUCAUUUCAUGGGAAAUUGCACUUACACCCUCUCCAAAGUGUGCAACAUCUCUCAGAGGAUUCCAUAUUUUGAUGUGUCCACAACAAAUGAGCACAGAGGAGCCAAUACCAAAGUCUCUUAUGUGAAGUCAGUGCAAGUGGAAGUCUAUGGCAAUCAGAUUUCUAUGCUGAAAAACAAGAAAGUGAAUGUGAAUGGCAGGAGAAUGAACCUGCCCAUAUUUAUUGAAAGGAAGAUCAGUAUUCAAAGCAGUGGUGGAUAUGUUCUCUUGGAAACUGACUUUGGACUGUGGGUGAGAUACGAUGGAAAUCACUAUGCAGAAGUCUCUGUGCCCUCUGAUUACAGUGGUCUGCUCUGUGGCUUGUGUGGUAAUUAUAACGGUGAUCCAACUGAUGACAACAUAAAGCCCAAUGGUGACAUUGCAAGUAGUUCCAAUGAACUUGGAGAAAGCUGGCUUGUGCCUGAGAAUAACACCAUUUGCUCCAGUGGGAUAGAAGAAGAAUGCAAUGCUGAUCUGGAGAAUGACGCAAAGAAGAACACUGCAUGUGGCAUGAUCACAGACCCAACAGGGCUCUUCAAAGAUUGCCACACCAAAGUGCCUCCAGAAAAUUUCUUUGAAAGCUGUGUUUAUGACAUGUGUUUCACUGGAGGACAGGAAACAUCCUUAUGCUAUGGACUGCAGGCCUAUGCUGAGUCAUGUAACAAUGCUGGAAUAUGUAUAGAGUGGAGAAAUACUACUCUUUGCCCAAUGUCCUGUCCUGGAGGCAGUAUCUACCAGAGCUGUGGUACUAGGUGUCCCUCUACUUGUGUGAGCAACUCAACCGCCACUUCUUGUAGUUUGUUACCAGUGGAAGGUUGCUUCUGUAAGGAAGGCUAUAUUCUGAGUGGAGACACAUGCGUUCCAGAAAGCAGCUGUGGUUGUGUUGAUGAAGAAAACCAGUACCACCAGCUGGGUGAAAGCUGGUUCACCAGUUAUUCCUGCAAUGAACGCUGCACCUGCAAUGCUAAAAACAAAAUUGUAUGCUCACCCUGGGAGUGUGGAGUACGAGAGGAAUGCAGUGUCAAGGAUGGUGUGCUGGGCUGUCAUUCCAAUGGCCAAGCAACAUGUCAGGUAGCAGGAGAUCCCCAUUAUUUCACUUUUGAUCGAUUGAUGUACACCUUUGUGGGUACCUGCACCUACACCUUGGUUGAGGUCAUCAGUGAGAGUGUUGAAAAUAUAACCAUCCUUGGCAAGAAUGAAGACCGAGGGCUACGAGGGGCCACAUACCUGAAGGAAGUCUACAUAGAUCUGUAUGGUGUACGAAUCACCCUUCAGAAAAGCAAAGGAAUCCUGUUAAACAAUGAGAGAGUCUACACUCCAGUGGAGAACAGGCUGCGGGGCGUGUCCAUUGGAAAUGUUGGCAAAUACAUAGUAGUGGAAACUGACUUCGGUGUGGUAGUGAAAUAUGAUGGCGAUCACUAUCUGGAAAUCACCCUCCCACAAUCUUACUUCUCAAAGGUACAUGGUAUGUGUGGUAACUUCAAUGACAACCUUGAAGAUGAUCUGUCCUUGCCUAAUGGUACAAUUGUCAGUAUCACACAGUUUGGAAAUAGCUGGAAAGUGGAAAAAGACAGUGAUGCAGGUUGUUUACCGGACUCAAGAGAAGAUGAUGUUCCUCCUUGCACUGCUGAGAAUAAACCAGUCAUUGAAAGCCAGUGCAAUGUCCUAAACUCAGACAAGUUCAAAGAAUGUCAUAGUCUGGUCAAACCUGAAGACUUCAUAAAGAUCUGCAUCCAUGACAUGUGCCAGUAUAACGGCAUGAAGUCCACUCUCUGCGACAUAGUUCAAUUUUAUGUGGACACCUGUAGGAAUCAAGGCAUCACCAUUAUAUGGAGGAACAACACAUUUUGUCCAUUGCCCUGUCCAACCCACAGCCAUUACACGAACUGUGCCUCCUCCUGCCCAUCAACAUGCAAUGACAUUUUUGCCUCUUCCCUUUGUGAGAAGACAGAAGAGUGCACAGAGGGCUGUGAAUGUGAUAAUAAUUAUGUGCUCAGUAAUGGCAACUGUGUACCUCUCAGCAAUUGUGGCUGCAGGGAUGAUGACAACAAUUACUACAGUGCUGGGGAGACUUGGAUAACUGCACACUGUGCCAAAAGAUGUAAGUGUCAGCAGAAUGGUGUCAUCCAAUGUACAAGCUAUAGCUGUGAUUCUGAAGAAACCUGCGUGAUCAAAAGUGGAAAAUACAAGUGCAAUCCAACAGGUUUUGGGACAUGCCGCAUCAUGGGUGAUCCACACUAUGUCACCUUUGAUGGUUUGGUGCACCACUUUCAAGGGAAAUACACAUAUAUUGUGGCUCAGACCAUCCCUGAUCUACAUUAUACUCUGACACCGUUCAGCAUCGAAGGCAUGAACUAUCCUCUUCGUCGAAAUUCACGCAUUACUUACCUGAAAGAGAUUCUCAUCAAUGUUUACAAUCACAAAGUGCGAUUCAGGGAGGGCAAGCAGAUACUGUUGGAUGGUGUGAGGGUGAGACCCCCUCUUCGUCCUCAUGAAGGUAUUCGUAUAUAUCAGAGGACAAAAAGAAUUUAUCUGGAGACAGAUUUUGGCUUAUAUGUGAGCUUUGAUGGCAAUCAAAAUGCAGAUUUAAGGCUGGCCAAUACCUACAAGGACAAAGUAGAAGGUUUGUGUGGUGACUUUGACGGGAGAUCCAGAAACGACUUCGCAAGCCCAAAUGGUGUUUUGCAGAAGAAUGUGAAUAUAUUUGGUGAGAGCUGGAAAGUUCCUCUGAACAGAAAAACCUCUCGUCUCAGACGAGAUGUCAUUCCAACAGUUGAGUCUGAGGUGGUAGAAGAUACAGGACUCUUCCAAGGCUGCAGUGAAAAUCAGCUGACACAAGAAAACAGCACUUCUGAAUGUCAAAUUCUGACUCAGUCAAAUGGUCCUUUUGCGAAGUGUCAUUCUGAAGUCUCACCAGAUUUCUAUUACAUGAGCUGCAUCUUUGAUAUGUGUGUGGACAGAGACGACACUACAACAUUAUGUCGCAGUCUGGAGGAGUACGUGCUGGCUUGUCAGGAGAAAGGAGUCAAUAUGGAAGGCUGGAGGCAAGAGACAGCUUGUGAGAUGCCGUGUCCGGCCAACAGCAAGUACAGCUCAUGCAUGUCUGCAUGUCCGGCAUCCUGCAGCGACUUGACCAGCCCCUCUGAGUGUGAAUGGCCUUGUGUUGAAGGCUGUGAAUGUCUCCCUGGCUACGUUCUUAGUGGUUUUGAAUGUGUGCCUUAUAGUCAGUGUGGCUGCUCAUACCUCAACAAAUAUUAUGAGAUUGGAGAAAUAUUCAUCACUGAUGACUGCUCUCAGAGAUGUCAGUGCACGGAAAGCUCCACUGUCUCCUGCACUACAAUAGGGUGUGGUUCUGAUGAAAUCUGCAACGUUUCAAACUACACUCGUGGAUGCUACAAGAGUGGACCAUGCAUGCCAACUCCUUGUCAGAAUGAUGGAGUUUGCUCUGAAAUAACCAAUGGUACUUCUCGCAGCUUCUACUGUGAAUGUUCUGAGCUGUACACAGGACAAACCUGUGAGGUUGAAAGAAGAGAUCAAACAAGCCCCUCAGGGACUCCUGAGAAUCAUACAGUUGCCAUUGCUGUUGGAGUUUCAGCAGGUGUGAUUGUUGUCCUCAUUCUCAUCUCCUCUGCAGUGUACCUGCGCAGAAGGAAGAGAAAGAUGAGUAUAGGUGCCAAAAGAAGAGAUUCAUCUUUCAACCGGUCCAGGGAUACAACAGAUAACAACGUAUAUGAACAAGAUUAUGGCUGCAUAGUGAACACUGCAUUUGAUCAAGAUGAAUCUGCACAUGAUACAAACCUAUAGUUAACAUCUUUUUAAUUUCUUUGUAUUACUUUUCUGUUCUUGUAUUUUAAUAAUGUAUCUAAUACGUUGAGAAAAAAA